UGCCAUCACUAGUCGGCUAUUGUGAUUUGCAGUUUUUGUAGCUGAGACAUUUUAUUAUUAUCAAAAAAAUUCGAAAAUAAGAAUAUAGCAUUUAUAAAUAAUGUCCAACACACAGACAUCAGUUGCCACCUACCUGGCCGCACAGAAGAAAACCACAAAUAAAGCCGUAGCAGCAGAGUGGACCGUCAUCGAGGAAUUGUACAAUGAAAAAUUGUGGAAUGAGUUGACCAUUAAAUUGGUAGCCUUUGUCCAUCAUGAAACACUACAGGAUGAGACGACCCUGCUUGAACUUUACCAGAAUUUCUUGUCCACCUUCGAAACAAAAAUUAAUCCAUAUGGGCUAAUUCAAAUCCUGGAAGUGGUUGUAGACAACAUUAGCGAUAAGAAAGAGGCCAUUGAUUUCCUGGAGAAAAUGAAAGACAAAGUCAAAAUCUGUGAUGAGGCUGUCUGGUAUCUGCAAGUUAUGCAGGGUAAUCUCUACCUCAGUAAUUUGAAUGAUUUAACCCAAACAAAGCUGAUCAUUGAGGAACUGCGCGAUGUCCUCGAAGAAGCUGGCAAUGUGACGCCAGUCCAUGGCAAAUACUACAUGUUGGCUUCGCAAUACUACCGCCGAGUGGGCAAACACAGUGACUACUAUCGUUGUGGCCUGCAGUUCUUGGGUUGCUCUUUGGACGACUACCCGAAAGAUGAAUGGGCACAGCAGGCAUUUUUCUUGGGCUUGGCCGCCCUGCUCGGUGAAGGAGUCUAUAAUAUUGGUGAAUUGCUGGCACAUCCCAUAUUGAAAUCACUCAAUGGCACUGAAAAUGAAUGGCUUAUAGAGCUGCUGAAAGCCUUCAAUACGGGCAAUAUUAACAAAUUCAACGAAAUGAAGAGCAUUUGGUCUAAAAUACCCGAUCUUGCUGCCCAAGAAGUAAAAUUGCGUCAGAAAAUCUCUCUACUCUGCCUAAUGGAGAUGACAUUCAAACGUUCCGCUGUGGAGCGUGCCAUUCCCUUUGUGGACAUUGCCAAUGAGACCAAACUGCCCGCCAAGGAAGUCGAAUUGCUCAUAAUGAAGGCCUUGGCUCUGGACUUAGUACGCGGCGAAAUCGAUCAAGUAGCCGGUGUAGUCAACAUGUCCUGGGUCCAGCCACGUGUUUUGAAUCGCAACCAAAUUGCUGGUAUGGCUAGCACAUUGGACACCUGGAUGGGUGCCAUCACCAAUAUGGAAAAGUUAAUGGAGAAUCGUGCUGCUGAAAUUCUCACCAAUUAGUUUUAACUCCAGCUUCGGUUUCUUUUGUAUUACAAAUGAAGAUAAAAAUAACUUACA